CAGAUGUCUGAGUUUGGCUCGGGGCAGGAUGAUAACUAUCGGUUCUGUCUAGUGGUGACGUGACAUUGUUCCUGGUUGUUUGGAUGCUGGGGAGGGGAGGGGAAGCCGGAGGGAACGGAGUUGAUCAUUGGUGCUGGGGCUGGUUUGGCGUCUUCUGAGGACCCUUAAGAGGCCUGGGCUGCUGUGUGACUUUCAGAGCGGGGCCAGGCCGGGCCGCCGCUUCGCUUCUCGAUCAUAUUUGAGCUGACCCUAUUGUCAAAAUGGUUUUAGCAGAUCUUGGGAGAAAAAUAACCUCAGCGUUGCGCUCCCUGAGCAAUGCUACAAUUAUCAAUGAAGAGGUUUUAAAUGCUAUGCUAAAAGAAGUUUGUACAGCAUUAUUGGAAGCUGAUGUCAACAUUAAGCUGGUGAAACAACUAAGAGAGAAUGUCAAAUCUGCCAUUGACCUUGAAGAAAUGGCUUCUGGACUCAAUAAAAGAAAAAUGAUCCAACAUGCUGUCUUUAAAGAACUUGUUAAGCUUGUAGAUCCUGGAGUCAAAGCCUGGACACCCACAAAAGGAAAACAAAAUAUCAUCAUGUUUGUAGGCUUGCAAGGAAGUGGCAAAACAACCUCGUGUUCAAAGUUGGCAUAUUAUUACCAGAAGAAAGGCUGGAAGACAUGUUUGAUAUGUGCAGACACUUACAGAGCAGGUGCUUUUGAUCAGUUAAAACAGAAUGCGACAAAAGCAAGAAUUCCAUUUUAUGGAAGUUACACAGAGAUGGAUCCAGUAAUUAUAGCUUCAGAAGGUGUUGAAAAAUUUAAGAAUGAGAACUUUGAAAUAAUAAUAGUUGAUACAAGUGGUCGUCACAAGCAGGAAGACUCUUUGUUUGAAGAAAUGUUACAAGUUGCUAAUGCCAUACAACCAGAUAAUAUAGUUUAUGUGAUGGAUGCCUCUAUCGGUCAAGCCUGUGAAGCUCAAGCAAAGGCUUUUAAAGAUAAAGUUGAUGUUGCUUCUGUAAUUGUGACAAAACUUGAUGGCCAUGCCAAGGGAGGUGGAGCACUGAGUGCAGUUGCUGCAACUAAAAGUCCAAUCAUUUUUAUUGGAACUGGAGAACAUAUAGAUGACUUUGAACCUUUUAAAACACAACCUUUUAUCAGUAAACUUCUGGGCAUGGGAGAUAUUGAAGGAUUGAUAGAUAAAGUAAAUGAAUUGAAAUUAGAUGACAAUGAGGCACUCAUAGAGAAACUAAAACAUGGUCAAUUUACAUUGAGAGAUAUGUAUGAACAGUUCCAAAACAUAAUGAAAAUGGGGCCCUUCAGUCAAAUACUGGGUAUGAUCCCGGGUUUUGGAACAGAUUUCAUGAGUAAAGGCAAUGAACAGGAAUCAAUGGCAAGGCUAAAAAAACUGAUGACAAUAAUGGACAGUAUGAAUGAUCAAGAACUAGAUAGUACAGAUGGAGCCAAAGUUUUCAGUAAGCAACCAGGAAGAAUCCAAAGAGUAGCAAGAGGUUCUGGUGUUUCAACUAGAGAUGUUCAAGAACUCCUGACACAGUACACAAAAUUUGCACAAAUGGUGAAAAAGAUGGGAGGCAUUAAAGGACUUUUUAAAGGAGGUGAUAUGUCAAAGAAUGUAAAUCCAUCCCAGAUGGCAAAACUGAACCAACAGAUGGCAAAGAUGAUGGAUCCCAGAGUUCUCCAUCAUAUGGGUGGCAUGGCAGGAUUGCAGUCAAUGAUGCGCCAGUUUCAACAGGGUGCUGCUGGAAAUAUAAAAGGCAUGAUGGGAUUCAAUAAUAUGUAAAAGCAGCCUUAAUAAACUGACUUGAUUAACCAUUAUUUGCUGGAAUAUUUUUAAAAGAAUGAGAUCUCCUUUUCUGCUGUGGAGAAUAAUGCAGCAUUAUACUUCUAAAACAUCAGUUUGGAGAGUUUCCAGUUUUACAUCUAGAAAGUGGUUAUAUUUUUGCUUCAGUUUAUUUCUGUUUCAGUUUUAAUGUUAACUUGGACAUGUUUAAAAGAAAUCAUGUAUAAAUUUAAUAUUUAGAGGAACUUUUUAAUUGUUUCAAACGGCAACUGUUAUAUUUGUAAACAAUUCAGAUCUUUGGUUAAUGCCAAUUUGUCACAAAUAUACUGUAAAAUAAACUUACAUGGUUGUAAAUUUAA